AUGGAUUUACAGCAAAUGUAUGAUGAAGUCAUUGACACAAACAAUAUCAAAAUUGUGGUUCUGGGAGCUGAAGGAGUAGGGAAGUCAAGCAUCAUCAAUUAAUUAUGCGAUAGACAAUUCGAUCUUGAAAUUAAAUCUACAACCUGUUAUAAAAUUGAUAAAGCUGAAUAUAUAAUAAAUGAUCAAUAAUACAAUCUGUCUUUUUGGGACUGUGGUUCCUAUCACAACCAAUCUUAUCAAGAUGUGAAGAAGGUAUUUUAUUGCUUUAAUUAGGCAUUUUACAGAGGUUCUUUAUUUGCAUUCCUUGUAGUUGAUGCGACCUGUACGGAUUAAUUAAAAAGUACAAUUCAAUUCUGGGAUCAGGAAUGUGAGGAUUACAAUGUAUUUACUAAAUACGUGCUUGUCAAUAAAAUGGAUUUGGUAGAUGACAUAGAAGUAAUGAAUUGCAAUAAAACUAUAUCUAUUGGAUAAAUGAUUGAAGAAUAAGAUCAUUCUCAUAUUUAGAUGAUAAAUUAGAAUCUGAAUCAAAUAGACCACAAAGAUGAAAUCAAAUUAAUGAUUAGCAACUUAGAAUUAAACACACAGUGUUUUUUUGGAAGUGCAAAAAAAAAAGAAAUGGGUUACAAAGACUUUCUGAUUAAAUUAAUCAAAGGUAAGUCUUUCAUACUCAAUUUCUAGAUAAUAAUAUUUUCAAUCUCCAAAAGGCAGAUUCUGAUAGAAGAAUUCAAAAAAAUAGAUAGAAUGAAUCGAGUAUCAGAUAGUCAUUGCCUAUUGAAAGUCAGAGAAAAUCAAGUGAGUAGGUCAAAUGCAAUAUAUAUUGA